AUGUGAGAUGGGACCUCACAACAAGACACAACUCCUGUAGCUGCCGUUCCUCUUUCUCUCAAGUCCAAGUGAACAACAGCCCCUUCUCCCCAUUUUCAGGAAAAUAAUAUAUUUGGAAGACUCCAGUUAGGGCUCAAUCACAAUGUCUUAGGAAAGUGAAUGUCAGCAGUAAAUUGAUUUUCACGGUAAUGAAGGAGCGUCAUAUGAGGGAAUGCUAUAAGUCAUUCAGUCUCACUCUUGUUGUUGUCUGUCCACUUCACAUCAUUGUUAUUCCAGGAAUUUGAUCUUGUAGUGCCUAAUGACAGAAGACAGCGAAGUUGACAAUUCAUUUUCUGAUAAUCCUUUCGGGACGCUGCCAGAUCAUCUACUGAUAGAGAUAUUCAUUCGGAUUCCCAUCUCAGAUUGGGCACAAGUGUCUUGCGUUAAGAAGCAGUGGGCUAAUUUGUUUCGGGAAGAAUGCUUGUGGCACAUUGCCCUUGCCAAGCAUUUCCCUUCAGCCGGCCAAUCUAAAAGGUGGCCUGGGCCUAUUCCUCGAGGGUUGAGCAAAAGGAGGUAUGCUGCAUUAUAUGUUGGUAAGCAUAUCUUUUCACUAGAUGGUGAAAUGGAUGAGAUUGCGGGACAUGCUUACUUGUUUCUGAAGGAGCAGCUUGAAAUUUCAACAAUGCCGCCUCCAUCUGGGAUACUUCACGGAACCAUAAUCGAUCAAUUUAUUGCCUGUGGAAAAUCACGAGACAGGGCCCAUGAGCUUGCGUCACAAAUCUGGUUGGCUGUUAUUGACAAUUUGGAGGAAAAUGGGCGAACGUUUCUUUUACUUAAACGUCUUGCACUUGAGGGUGAUGUUUUUCUACCCUAUCCAUACACCAGAUCAUACAAAGUCCAGUGGAGGGUGUUCGAAAAGCUCUUCACAGAUUUCCGUGACUGCUUCAAUCAUGUGGACUAUUACGAUGUACUGGCGUGUGCAAAGCACAGAUUUCAGCCAAUACCAUCUGCAUGGUUAGGUUACUAGCUUGCCCCAGUUCGAAUACACAAGUAAUUGUAUGUAUAAAUGUAACUCCUAAAUUCUCUCAUUUAGCAGAACUAAAAAAAAACUGUACAUUUGUGUAAUGUUUAAGAAGAAAACUAGUAAUUGUAUGUACAAGUGUUGUACAGUAUGAUUUAAGUAGCAAAUCCAUGUCUCAUGUAAUACUGUCCUUUGGUGAAUAAACAUUGAUAUGUGACAUCAAUGAUAAGGUACUCGGUGGUGUUACUUGAACAUCAAAUGAGAAUUCUACAAAAGUAAUUAGUUAUAUGUAUAAGUGUGUA